GCGUAGCGCACGAUUUGAAAGAUGGCGCCGGGCUCGCGGCUGGUUCUGAGUGAGGACAUGGUUCGGGAGCGCAGCGGCCUGGGGCCCCACCGCGACCUGGCUGAACUUGAGUCAUUAUCUAUUCCUGGAACAUACCAAGAAACUAUUUCUCACCUGGGAAGUUCUCUGAUGCAUCUAACAGGUCUAAAGUCUUUAGAUCUUUCACACAACUCUUUGGUUAGUCUAGAGGGCAUUCAGUACUUGGUUUCCUUGGAAAGGCUCAACCUCUACUACAAUUGCAUAUCUUCCUUAGCGGAAGUAUUUCGGCUCCACACCUUAACUGAACUCCAGGAUGUGGACUUGCGACUAAACCCAGUUGUGAAGAGCGAGCCUGACUACCGACUGUUUGUGCUGCACAUGCUCCCCAGGCUCCGGCAGCUAGAUGAUCGUCUGGUGAGAGAGAGUGAACGGAAGGCUUCCCAAUGGCAUUUUGCCCUGGAGGAUUCACUCGACUCAAAGGAGAGCUUACCACCUGCUUUGAAAGUUGGAAGGCCACACCACUCUAGGUCCAGGUGUGCUGAUACUUCAGCCAAGAAGUGCUUGGCCAUGGAUGCAGAUGACGAGGCAGUCCUGAACCUCAUUGCUGAGUGCGAGUGGGACCUCACCAACCCUCCCGGGAGCAUGAGCUCCAGCCAAGAGCAGGAAGCCACCUUCCAUCGCACCCAAGAGUCCAGACAUCUGCUGAGCCCUCCAUCUGUCCAGCACCAGUGUGGGGACCCCUCAAGGAGGGGUCAUGAUAAGAGGAGAGCCAGCUCCAGUGUGUGCUACCCCAAGCAGCCACCUCCACACCAGCACUGUGGGGACCUGUCCCUGCAGCACGGGGAGCCCAAGACCUGCUGUUCCCACAGCUCACACCUCAGCGCCAGCACCUACCCAGACUCUGCAGACAUUGAAGACUCUUCUUCUUCUUCUCAGAAACCAAGUUUGUCAUCACAAAAGCUGUCGAAACCUUUGCCUGUUCCUGAAAGGCACAGAAAGUACAGGAUGCCGGGUGAAAGAGUACAGAUGCUUUCAGACCAGGCAUGCCUGAGUCAUCCGGAGAGGGCUGUUGGGCCCCAAGGUCUCACAGAAAGUCUGAGCACACAGGACAGCUCAGGUUCAGGGGGCCGCAGCCAGAGGGCCUUCUCUUUCUCCGGGGCACCCGAGGCCGAAACCAGAGGGCCUUCUCUUUCUCCGGGACACCAGACAUCUCGCAGCAUGAGCGACUCCAAAGUGCCACCUCCCACAUCACAUUCGGCAGCUCCACUAGGGAAGAGGGCUGUUCUGGAGAUGAUGCUCUUGGAGGCAUUCCUUGACCUGGUGGACAAGUACUGGAAUGGCUGCAGGUCCCUGCAUGGAAAUCAGGCAUUCCUAGGCCAGGCCAGGCACAUUCUGUCAUCAGUCCAAGAGUUGGUAGCAGCUCAGGGCAGCACAAUGACUGAGGAUGAAGAAGUCAGCUACCUGGCCCUUGAAAAUCAGUCUCUGCACCUGCGGCUUGCUGAGCAGCAGCAGCAGUAUACCACAACCAUGACUGAGGUGACAGCAGAACUCAGUAGCACCCAGCGAGAGAUGGAUACCUUGAGACAACAUUUAGACAGAUCUUUGGAGGAAAAUAAUAGCUUAAAAUCUCUGUUGUUUAACAUGAAAAAAGAAGUAAAAGAUGGAGAAACAGCAGCAGCAUUGAAUGCACAGAUCUCUGGACUUCAGACAAGUGUCAGGCAACUGUCUGAUGAGAUUGUGGAACUAACGCAGCAACUUCAGCACUAUGACAAGAUCCAGGAGCUCACCCAGAUGCUGCAGGAGAGCCACAGCUCCCUCGUCAGCACCAACGAACACCUUCUGCAGGAGCUGAGCCGGGAAAGGGCACAGCACAGAGCAGAGGUGGAGCAGAUGCACUGGAGCUUCCAGGAGCUCAAGAAGAUCACAGCCCUGUUCCCACCUCGCAGAGGCAGCCUUGAGGGUUGCCCGUCCUGCUGAUCCUACCCAGGACUAUGCAUCUCCCAUGCCUGUGGAACAGCCCCGUGUGUGCACCCUGGGGCUUCUCUGUUUGCUGGUGAGACUCCUUUGUAUUUUAUCACAUUUUCCUCACUAAAGCACAUUCAGGGACUGUGGCUCGGCUCUGAAGCACCCCAAAAUGACAGGGAGGACCCCAGCCUUCACCUGUUUGGAGGCAUCCUGACGAUUGCUUUGUCAUCACAAUAGCUGAGAUGAAAGCACCACAGCGCUUUCUUCCUAAUGCACUGUAUUGUGUAUGCUAAUUGAAGUGCUAAUUUCUUGUGUGGUAAGCAGUCCUUAUUGAAUGAUUAAUAUAUUCUGAAAAGUUAAUUUUUAAGUUGCUCUUUAUAAAUUCUAAGUUUCUCAUUGAGUUCUUUUAUAAACCAAGCUAUAUGCCAUGGUAGAUAAACAAGAACAAGUGCCAAGACUUAAUAAAAGUAAAACUUAUAAGAUGUAAUAUUUUAAGUACUGUUUUCCUCUGUUAAAAUAUCAUAAUUAAAAAUACCUACCCUACCCUGCUUA